AACCCCAAAUAUUAUUGUGAAAUCGCGUGAUAACAUAAUUUUUGCGUAGUCCACAAUUUUAUUCCAUUUUCACAAUGUCCAAGCAGGAAAUACCGCAUGUGGACAAGGAGCUUGACCUCUCAAAUGCUGGUCGCGGAGUGUGGCUGGUAAAAGUGCCAAAAUACAUUGCGAAUAAAUGGGAAAAAGCCCCGGGAAAUAUCGACGUGGGUAAGCUGAAGAUCUCAAAAAUUCCUGGACAGAAAGCUCAGGUUUCUCUCGCCCUUUCGGACGCUGUGAUAAAUCUCGAUCCCGCCGAAAAGAUUCCCAAGGAUCACAGACUCGAUGUUUCUGUGGUCACAAAACAGACUCUUGGAGUAUUUUCACAUGUUGUUCCCGGGAAAUCAGAUGAAGUGGUACCAGAGUCCGAGAAACUCUUUAUGGAAGGCAGAAUCGUACAAAAACUAGAAUGCCGUCCAUAUGCGGACAAUUGCUACAUGAAACUGAAACUGGAGUCAAUCAAGAGAGCUUCCCAGCCUGUGCGAAAAGUUCAAUCACUAGAAAAGAUUGUCCACAACUACAAACCUGUGUCUGACCACAAGCACAAUAUUGAGUACAAGGAGAGGAAGAAGACAGAAGGCAAGAAGGCUAGGGAUGAUAAGAAUGCAGUUCAAGAUAUGCUCUUCAAUGCCUUCGAGAAGCAUCAGUACUACAAUAUAAAGGAUCUCGUCAAGAUUACAAAGCAGCCUAUUGGAUAUUUGAAAGAGAUUCUCAAGGAAGUUUGUGACUACAACAUGAAGAAUCCCCACAAGAAUAUGUGGGAGUUGAAGAAGGAAUACCGUCACUAUAAGACAGAGGAGAAGAAGGAAGAGACGCCCCUCUCAGACUCCGACAGCAAUUAAAUGACUUAUGUUUCAGUAUAUAUUUUUCUAUGUAACAUAAAUGAAUUAACUGUG